AUGGAAGAAUUAUUUCAGAACUUGUCCAUUGACUCUGAUGUGUCGGAGCUGAUCCAGCAGGGCACAUCUCUUUCUAAAAGCCAAUGGCAAACACUUGAAAAACAGCUCAAGGAGAAACACGAGCAUUUAAAAUUCCUGAAGAUCCUCCAAGAGUUCCCAGAAAAUACAUUGAAGGCGGUACUGGCCCACCAUCAUGCUAGUACAUUAAUUGUUCUGCUAGUUGACACAGAGUCUUGUGGCAAGUCUGUUUUGGAGUCAGUUAAGCAGACAAUUAGCAUAUCAUACCCUCCUGAUCAGCUUCAAUUCUACUUAAACAUAUGUCUGAAUGUUUGCUUGAGAUACCCUGCGCUUGCAAUGAUCGUCUUUCCUAGUUUGAUGGAGCUACUUGCAUCGAUAAACGAAACCGUACAUAACGUUGUCGUUCUCACACUCACAUUGAUUUGCAGACAAAAUCCUGAUGAGUCUGCUGCGCUUGUUGUUAAAUUUUUGGACUCAGCUAUUGUCCUGCAAUCGUGUUCAGAACUCCUGUUCUUUGCAGCACUUGAAACAUUCUUUCCCAUAUUUCCAUCGCAGGUUAAAGCGAUUUAUAUCAGCAAUAAGUGUAAGGAUGGAAUACUAGAAAAAGUCUCCCAACUACCGCCACAACCGGAGGGAGCUGAUUCUGUAUUGGCUGAGCAAAUUUUGAGAGCUGUGUCUCUGUCAUGUAUUGAUGAGGAAACAAGAAAGUUCAACAUGGAGCAUUACCUUGACCUUUUUAUUGCAGGGGCCAAUCUUCUGCAGAAUAAAAGCAUCGUUGCCUUAUCGUUACUUUGUCUCAUCAAACUAUGGAACUUCUCUUCUAUCGAGAAGAAGAUAUCUUUGCAGACUGUUCUUGAAAAGACCCAGAACCUCAUGCGGACCUGUGAAGUUGGCGAGGAGUAUGUACAUUAUGUCAUUGAAGCAUUGUCUUAUUUGUCUCUCGGUGCUAGCGUGAAACAGAGUCUUAGACUGGACGAGGAGGUCAGUGAGAAAUUAUUGCUUGUUUUAGAGACAGAGAAGAAUUCUUCAGUGAUCUAUGGCGCAUUGGUUGUUUUCCUGAAUUUAUCGGAAAUAAAGGGUAGGGGAGGCAGUGAAGAUGCAUCCACUGUUAAUUAUCUAAAGAGUAUAUCUUUACCAAACAAAAACGACAUAAGAGAUGAUGAAGCAACCAUAAAGCUCUUCAACGAAUCUCUUGUGGAGAAUCAUAAGCUUGUUGGCACGCUUAGAGGUCUUGAUCUUAAAACGGAGUCCAUCAUCACUCAAGCAGUCCAAAUUAUCUUCAAUUUAUCGCAGAGCUCGAACAAAUCCAUUCAACGUGCCAUUGUAUCGCAGGGUGGGCUUACUCUUCUUUUGAAGUAUUUGACAGAACACAGUACUAUCAAGAAGGGGACAGACCGAACUGAAGCAUUUGCCACUUCUGAAGGAGCACUUUUUACACGAUUGAGCUCACUUCGUGCUUUGGCCAUUAUAUGUCGUUCUGUCAAUCCCAAAUUGCUUAUUUCGGAAUUUGAUAUCAAAACUGCCGUUCCAUUCUUGGUUGAAUUGUUGGGACCAGAAGUUUCAGACUACACUACCUCCAAUAUUUCAACAGAUGAUGCUACUGCUGCCUUGGGUGCAAGUAUUACUUCUUUUGACCGGUUGUGUGGUUUACUAGCCCUUACAAAUUUGUCUUCUCUCCAAGAGAAGUAUCUCACUGCCAUUAUUAUUCGCAGGGCUUUUGAUGGUCAUUUGAAAGAUUUGAUGAUUGAUAGCUCCAUCGCGGAUAUUCAAAAAGCUGCAUGGGAGCUAAUCAACAAUCUUAUUGCCGACCCUCAAAUGCUUGCCAAGUUCUUCAACACCGACAAUGCGGAAAGCAUGAAGAACUUGGAUGUUUUGGCGAAGAUGCUUCACUCCAGAGAUGUAGACUUACAGAUCGUCAUAGCUGGGUUGCUUGCGAAUGCUACGCUGGAAUUUGGUUUGGUUCUGAUGGUCAUAUUGUCAAAGAAGGAAAUCUUCGCCAAAUUAUUCGAAAUUGCAUCGAUAAUCAUGCAAACUCAGGCAUCUAACGACGAUUUACUCAUUCGUGUUUGUAGUUUCCUUUUGAAUAUUGUGGAAACAGCUAGUCUGCAGAAACAGCUAGAGGGAAUCCAAAAUAACAAACCUUUGAAGGCUGGAAUAAAGAAUGUGGUAUUAACUACCAAAAACAAGGAUAUUAUGCUUACUAUUCGAGAAAUCAUUGAGGCAGGGCAACUCAAAUUCUAA